CUCCUCCUGGCCCAUCUCGCUGCCGACCGCCCCAACCCCCUCGUUCGUCUUCCUCCACGCUCGAGCGCCGCCACCGCCGCCGAUUAAUCUCCCCUUCGAUUCUCUCGCUCCCGACCGUUUCUUCUCCCAUCACCCUACGAACCGAUUCCGCCCUUUAGCUCCCCGUUUCGUGUCCUUAAUCUUCCCCCAAUUCGUAACUGAGGCAAAAAUUAAGGACCUUGCCCUGCUGGGUCCUCCUCCCGUGUGGCGGGCGCGACCCCAAGGUGCUACCGGCCCUCCACAGCGGCAACGAUGAAGAUAGAGAAAGCAAGUGCAGGACAUCUCACCAACUUGGAAGUUCUUCAGUUCCUACGAUCUAGGGGUGCAACAGUUGAUCCCAUGGGAUGUUUGGGGGCUGUUGCUGCAUCAGAGUGUAAGGUGUAUGAGUACCUCUUGAAAACUCCUGCUUGCAACCAGACAAGGGAAUCAGUUACUGAAUUUGUAAAGAGAUGUGAGGGUUUCAAGCUUACAGAUGCUGACAAGCAAAACGUGAUCAACUGGAGACCGUCCUCAGCUGCUGAUGUUUAUGCGAUGGUAGAAGAGUGUGGGAAAAGAUUCUCCAAGGAUGAGCAAGGUGGGACAACCAAUGAAGACAAACGUGUCGAGGAACUUCUAAAUCUUAUAAAUGAGAUUUUUCCACCACCGCCGACAGAGCCGGAGGAUGGAGUGAAUGUGGAUAUGAAGGAUGAUGAGGCGGCGGGUGCUGGAGAGACAAAUGAUGGAGUGAAUGUGGAUAUGAAGGAUGAUGAGGUGGCAGGUGCUGGAGAGACAAAUGAUGGAGUGAUUGUGGAUAUGAAGGAUGAUGAGGCGGCGGGUGUUGGAGAGACAAAUGAUGGAGUGAAUGUGGAUAUGAAGGUUGAUUAUGCAACGGCUGUUGGGGUGAUGUCCACAUCAAAGGAUCCUUAAAGGGUUCAAUUCUCAACAUGAGAUACAGAUAUUCAGAUCAGCCUGUAGCUAAUAUGUUCAUACAUGUUCCAUAGUAUUUGAGACAUCCAUGUUAGAAACGAUAAUUCAACCUGCGAGCUUCAAUAGCAGUUGAGGCUCUUUUCUUAUUGUCUUUUUGAAAUGGAAAUUAACUUUCAAAAACUUAGCAUUUCCUUUAAUGUGAUACUUUAAACAUGAAUUUUGGCACGUGUGGAA